AUGGCUGCGACAAAAAGCGCUAGUCGCGUAAUUGGUUCGGUUAAACCGAUUCUUAGCCGAGAUUUGAGCGAUGCGAAACGCCGGGUGCGAGAGUUGUACAGAGCAUGGUACCGGGAAGUGCCUAAUACAGUGCAUGUGUUUCAGCUAGAUAUCACUGUGAAACAAGGAAGGGAAAUGGUGAGAGAGAGGUUUCAAAGAAAUGCUGAUGUAACCGAUCCUAGGGUCAUUGAUCUUCUUGUAAUCAAGGGGAAGAUGGAUUUAGAAGAAACUAUAAAGGUAUGGAAGCAAAGGACACACAUUAUGCGAUUUUUCCAUGAGACUGAGAGUCUACAACCUGAUGAUUUUCUUUCUAACUUCUAUGUUGGCCAGGACCAUUAA